AUGCCGCCCACAAAGAAGUUCGAAAAAAAGUACGAGAUCCAGAGAGAGAUUAAUAUUGUCACAACCGAAAUAGUGACGGCAAGAAAAGAAAUCGAAAGCAUCAAAAUUGAGAUAUCAGACGUACAAUGGAAAAAGAUCGGCUUUCGGGAGAUAAUAACUGGAGACGACAAUCUUACCGACAAGAUCGCGGCUCAACAGAAUCAUGAAGCGCUUUGUGACAAGGAAGACGAGCUAUGCAAAGAGAAAGAAAAGCUCCAGAGGAAGCUGCCGAAGCUGGAGGAGAGGAAGAAACAGCUUGAAGAGUUCAAAGACGAGUGGACAGGUCCAGACUAA